AAAUUAUUCAUUUCGACGUGGUAUUUUUUGUUUUUAUUCGAAAAAAAUAAUUUGUUGGAUAAAGUUUUUCAUUUAAGUUAUAUCCAUUAACAUUUGGACCCCAUAUUAUUUUUGUGUCUCAUCUACUCUCUAUCUUCAUCUUUUCUCUCCAAUUUUUGCACUUUUUAGUAGAAUCUUUGAGGUGGGUUUUCAAUUGAUUUUACUUUUCUCCAUUUUCAAACCUUCAAAAAUUGAUUUUUUUUUUUUUCAUAUUUGCACUUUUAGAUCCAAAAGUUGAAGUGGGUCAAACUUUAGGUGCCAUAUAAUCCACUAAAACAACACCAAUUUUUCUGGGUUUUCUUGCAUUUUUCAAUAAUGGCUUGUUCUUCUUUGAAAGCUGGUGUAUCAGUUUCUAGGUGUAAUGAUACCAUUGUUAUAUCCAAAGCAAAUCAACAAUUCUCUAUUUCCUCUCAAUUUUAUGAUCCCAAAACUAAGGAAUUUCCAGAUUUGAGUAGCAGAUUUAUGGGACAGUCCCUUGUUGUUUCAGAUCAGAAGAAGCCACAACUCUCCCCUGUUAAUUUCUCAGUUCAGGCACAAGCAUCGUAUUGUGUAAGUAAAGCAAUGAGAUGGUGGGAAAAGACAUUAAAGCCUAACAUGGUAGAGAUCCAUUCAGCACAACAGCUUGUUGAUUCAUUAAAUACGGCUGGUGAUAGACUUGUUAUCAUUGAUUUCUAUUCUCCUGGUUGUGGUGGCUGCAAGUCUCUUCAUCCCAAGAUAUGUCAGUUGGCAGAAUCAAACCCAGAUGCCAUUUUUCUGAAAGUUAAUUAUGAAGAGCUGAAACCAAUGUGUCAUGCUUUGCACAUUCAUGUUCUGCCCUUCUUCAGGUUCUACAGAGGAGCAGAUGGCCGUGUGUGCAGUUUCAGUUGCACCAUUUCAACUAUUAAGAAAUUUAAAGAUGCAUUGGCAAAGCACAAUACAGAAAGAUAUAGUACCCUUGAACCAGCAAAAGGGCUCGAUGAAUCCGAAUUGAUUAAAUUGGCAUCAAUCGGUGAAUUAUCGCUUAAUUCGACAUUGAUUAACAAUGGAUUAUUAGAAGAAUUCAUCUUAGAGAAGAUUGAUUACUCUAACCCAUUGAACAUGACAGAAAAUAAUGCAAUGUUGGUAUCAUAAUGAUGUUUAGGGAACUUCUAUUUGAGAUUACAACUUAUAGAAAUAUGUUGGUUAAUUGAGUAAUGGAGAAUAAUGAUCCAUUUAUUAGGAUUGGUAUUUUUUAUCUUGUGAUUUUUUUUAAUUUGGGAUGGAUUAGAAAACCCUGCGGGCAAUCGUUCUUAUAGGCGGUGAAAAUUAGUCAACUAGUCAAUCACUAGUCUGAUUUAUUAUUCUGGUGUUUUUUCACUUUGAAGUGUAAAUAUGUGUUGGGUUUCCAUUACUCCAUAAUAAAAUAAUGGAGUUUUGGUUUUUUUUUUUUUUAAUGAACCCUAUGAGAUUAAUUGAAAUUAUGUUGAUUAAAAAUUUUAGUAGAAUUUUACAUAUUUUUUUUUAUGGGUAUGAGUAGUCGUCGUUCUUUUGUCCUUAAAUGUUGAUUAUAAUUUUUCUAUAAGUGGAGUAUAUUAAGUAUGAUGAUGAAAAAUUUUAGUAGAAUUAAUGAUAUGGAUGAAAUAAAUAAAGAACGAGAUCUGUACACAUGAUCAUAAUUUAGAUACCAGACUGUCUUUAUUGUGAACCAACCCUUGGUUGAUGAUUGUUUUUAUGAUAUAUAUUAUCUGAUUUAUAAUUAUAGGAGUAAUGGAUAAGCAUUUUGUAUGCUUGUUUUUUAGUUUCCUUUAUAAUGAUGUAGAACAGUUGAGAGGACCCAUUUGAGCAUGGGAAACUUAAUGGGUAUGUUUCAUCCAAUAUGUGAUAAAUUAAAAUAAAGAGAAAUGUUAAAUAAUUGGGUAACUUUGAUACUUU